UUGGCAACACAAAGCGACUCUGUCAUUCGCCAUUUUCAAUUUUGUCGUUCGGGUGUAUCUUUUGCUGCUGCUUUUGGCUUGUGUAAAAAUAACUACAAAAUGGAGAUGUCACUGAACCCUGUACGUGUCCUCAAAAAUGAGGCACAAGAAGAAAAGGCCGAAAUGGCGCGUUUAUCCUCGUUUAUUGGUGGAAUCGCCAUUGGUGACUUAGUAAAAAGUACACUAGGCCCUAAGGGUAUGGAUAAGAUACUCGUGUCGCAUGGACGCAAUGCAGGCCAAGUAGAGGUUACUAACGAUGGUGCCACUAUCUUGCGUUCGGUUGGAGUUGAUAACCCCGCUGCGAAAAUUCUUGUUGAUAUGUCCCGCGUACAAGAUGAAGAAGUUGGUGAUGGUACCACAUCAGUUACUGUGCUCGCUGCCGAACUUCUUCGAGAAGCCGAAAAGCUUGUUGAGCAGAAAUUACAUCCACAAAUCAUUAUUGCUGGCUGGCGUUUGGCAGUGCAAGUAGCACGUGAUGCACUUACACAAGCUUCUCAAGAUAAUUCAGCAAAUGAUGCUAAAUUCAAACAAGAUCUUAUGAACAUUGCCCGCACCACACUAUCUUCCAAAAUUUUACAUCAGCAUAAGGAAUUCUUUGCUAAGUUGGCUGUGGAAUCGGUGCUACGUCUUAAAGGUUCAGGAGAACUGUCUGCCAUACAAAUAAUCAAGAAAACUGGUGGCACAUUACAAGACUCAUUCCUCGAUGAAGGUUUCUUGCUGGACAAGACACCAGGUGUACAUCAGCCACAAAGGAUCGAAAAAGCUAAAAUCCUAAUUGCAAACACACCAAUGGACACCGACAAGAUAAAAGUCUUCGGCAGUAAUAUUAAAGUCGACUCAUUGUCGAAAAUAGCAGAUUUAGAAUUAGCUGAGAAGGAAAAAAUGAAGGAUAAAGUACAAAAGAUUUUAAGUCACAAUUGUAAUGUCUUCAUUAAUAGACAGUUGAUCUACAACUACCCAGAACAGUUGUUCGCAGAUGCUGGUGUGAUGGCCAUCGAACACGCCGACUUCGAUGGUAUUGAGCGUUUAGCAUUAGUCACUGGUGGUGAAAUUGUGUCCACUUUUGACAAUCCUGCAUUAGUUAAGUUAGGUGAAUGUGAACUAAUUGAACAAGUAAUGAUAGGCGAGGAAACACUAUUGCGCUUCAGUGGUGUUAAGUUGGGUGAAGCUUGUACUAUUGUGAUACGUGGUGCUACACAACAAAUUCUUGAUGAGGCUGAUCGUUCCUUGCACGAUGCACUUUGUGUAUUGGCUGCCACAGUAAAAGAAUCACGUGUUGUUUACGGUGGCGGUUGCUCCGAAGCUCUAAUGGCUAAUGCAAUAUUUAGGAAAUCGGCUGAAACCGCUGGUAAAGAAGCUAUUGCAAUGGAAGCAUUUGCAAGAGCAUUACUUGCACUACCUACUGCUAUUGCUGACAACGCUGGCUAUGACUCAGCUCAAUUAAUAACUGAACUGCGUGCUGCACACGCGCAGGGCAAAUCAAGUACCGGCUUGAAUAUGGAUCUUGGCAAAAUUGGUGAUAUGAAAGAACUUGGUAUUACUGAAUCAUUCGCUGUAAAGCGACAAGUGUUGCUAUCAGCAGCAGAAGCUGCCGAAAUGAUACUGCGUGUUGAUGACAUCAUCCGUUGUGCACCCAGGAAACGAGUUCCAGAUCAUGGUUAUUGUUAAACUUAUUUCAUUCUACUUAUUAUAGUACGCCCUCAUGUUCUUUUUUAAUACAUUAUAUAUAUAUUAUUUAAUUUAAUUAACAAAUUAAAAACACUAAAACUUAAUUCGGAUUUAUUGUUUUUCUUAUAUAAAAAAAGCAUAUUCACUAGACUUCUGUUAGCAAGUAACUUAUUACACUAUAUUCGAACAAUAAACUUAGCAUAGCUUAAUAAAUUUUUUGUUUUAAAUUUUAACAAAGCCUUUAUGUUAAACUUUGUUUUUUCAUUUAACUUUAUGCCUUUAAAGAAGAAAAAUCAAACUAAGAUGUGAAAUGUAUUUUAGAUAAACAAUCGAAAUAACAAAAGCAUAAUAAAAGCAACUAUUUUCAAAAUACUU